CCGAAAUUCUACUCUCCUCUAUUUCAACUGAAUAUUGUCGACAAUGGCCAACGCUGCUACAUUCAAGGACCUCCAAGGUGCUCUUGCCUUCCUCACCCUCGGUGAAAGAGCCUUGCCUACAAAUCUUGCCAAGCCCAAGGUGGGAAUCGUCUGUGGAUCCGGUCUUGGUGGCCUCGUUGAUGCUCUCCACAACAAGGUGGAGUUUGCAUAUUCUGCAAUCCCUGGUUUCGUCGACUCCACCGUUGCCGGACAUGCUGGUAAACUCGUAUUUGGCCUUCUUGGUGACAAUGACGUCCCCACUGUCUGUAUGGUCGGUCGCUUUCAUUUUUAUGAGGGAUUUGCAUUGACUCAGACAACUUACCCGAUCCGUCUCAUGUCGCUUCUCGGUGUAGAGACCCUUAUUGUUACUAAUGCUGCUGGUGGAUUGAACCCUGCCUUCCAAAUUGGCGACGUUUGUAUUAUUGAGGACCACAUCAAUCUUCCUGGUAUGACUGGUAACAACCCAUUGAUUGGACCCAACAUGGCCGAAUUUGGACCCCGCUUCCCUCCUAUGUCAGAUGCCUACUGUCCUCGUCUUCGUCGUCUCGUGUAUGAGGCUGCCAAGAAAUUAAAUAUCCCCAAGUUCCUUCAUGAGGGUAUUUACGUAUUUGUCUCAGGGCCUUCAUACGAGUCCAAGGCUGAGUGCCGCUUCUUGAGAUCCAUCGGCGCCGACGUUGUAGGCAUGUCUACAAUCCCCGAAGUCAUUGUCGCAAGACAUUGUGGUAUCAAGGUCUUGGGCUUGAGUUUGGUCACUAACCGUGCCGUUAUUCAUCGCGAGCCGCGCUCUGACCCAGACGCACCCCCAGAAGUGAGGCCAAUGGAGGAAAGGAUCGCAAGCCAUGAGGAAGUGCUGGAGGCUGCAGAUGCCCGUGCUAAAGAUCUGCAGACCCUUGUCAAGUAUCUCGUCGAUAUGAUCUAGAGUUAUAUUAGAUGCAUCCAUUCGUGCCUAGAUUAAAUAGAUAAAUAGAUAGACCUUUCAUUUCGUAAUUAAUGAUCAUCGCUGACACCAUGAGAUAUCCUAAUGUUCUGUGUCAAUCUUUUCU